AUGGCUGGAAGCAUCACCAAACCCAAGAAGCCCAAGUCCAAGAGGACCCCCGUCCGCUUACGGCACAAGAUCGAGAAGGCCUCCGCCGCGAAGCAGCGCAAGGCCAGAAAGGAGGCCAAGAAGAACCCGCAAUGGCGCUCCAAGUUAAAGAAGGACCCCGGCAUCCCCAACCUCUUCCCCUACAAGGAGAAGAUCCUGCAAGAGAUUGAGGAGGGCCGCCGGAGGAAGCAGGAGGAGAUCCAGAAGCGCCGCGAGAUGGCCAAAGCCGCCAAGACGGGAGCGAACGCCGAGGGCGAGGACGAGGACGAAGUCGACAUGGACGGCGCCGAUGGCGAGGGCUUCGAGGGCUUCGCCGAAGACGACGACAUGAUGGACGAUGACGAGGCCGGCGACGACUCCAACCCCAUGGCCGCACUCAUCGCCAGCGCGAGGAGAGCUGCCGAGAAGUACGACCGCCAACUGCAGAGCGGCAGCGAGAUGGACGAUGACGAGGACUCGUCGGACGAAGACGAUGAGUUCGCCGCUGGCACUGGCGAGGCAGUCGGCCCGGCCACAUCGCGGAAAGCAUUCGACAAGGUCUUUAAGCAGGUCAUCGAGCAGGCCGACGUUGUCCUCUACGUCUUGGAUGCGCGCGACCCGGAGGGUACACGGUCCAGAGAGGUGGAGCGCCAGAUCAUGGCUGCUGCCAGCGGUGGGAAGCGGUUGAUGUUGGUCCUGAACAAGAUCGACUUGAUCCCCCCUCCCGUUCUCAAGGAGUGGCUCACAUACCUGCGGCGAUACUUCCCUACACUCCCGCUGCGCGCAUCUGGCUCGGCGCCGAAUGCGCAGACCUUCAAUCACCGUGACCUUACCGUGCAGAGCACUUCGGCGACACUUUUCAAGUCGCUCAAGUCCUUCGCUGCAUCGAAACAGCUCAAGCGCGCGGUGUCAGUUGGUGUCAUUGGUUACCCCAACGUUGGAAAGUCAUCUGUUAUCAACGCAUUGCUUUCUCGUCUGGGUGGCAAGAGCACCGCGUGCCCGGCCGGAGCUGAGGCCGGUGUCACCACCAGCAUCCGGUCCGUCAAGAUCGACAGCAAGCUGACCCUGCUUGACUCGCCCGGUAUUGUCUUCCCUUCGGCCAAGGACGGAGAGUCUGCCGCGAAGAAGAAGAAGGACCCCAUUGAGGCCCACGCCAGUCUGGUUCUCCUCAACGCGGUGCCGCCCAAGGAGAUUGAAGACCCCAUGCCUGCAGUCAGCCUACUGCUGAAGAGGCUAGGGACAACACCCGACCUUCUCCAGAAGCUUUUGGAUGUCUACGACUUGCCACCUCUUUUGAGCACUGAUGGCGAUACCACGACAGACUUCUUGGUCCAGGUGGCGCGCAAGCGAGGCAGACUUAACCGUGGCGGUAUCCCCAACCUCACCUCCGCCGCCAUGACCGUCGUCACGGACUGGCGAGAUGGCCGCAUCCAGGGCUGGGUGAAUGCUCCCGUCCUGGCCGUCACCACCGACGCCUCUGCCAAGGCUCCGGAGACCGCCUCAUCGGAUUCCGUGCCCAUGGCCGAUCAUAAGCAGAUUGUGACGGAGUGGGCGAAGGAGUUCAAGCUGGAUGGCUUGUGGGGUGACGAUGAGGAGUCGAAGAGUGCAGACGCGAUGGAGCAGUAA